UUUUCUUUUCUGUUUCACGAGGCCCUUUCUUCAUCAGCUGCUCGCUGCAAAUCAUACUGCUCGGGCUCAGCCAUGAAGAAGAGCUCGAGCUUCAGAUGAAUGUACACAGAGGCACACCAGGCCAACGCCCCUCGUGAUAUCUUCUUCUCAAUUCGCAAAACCCAUUUCGCGGAGAGCGAGAAUGAAUGGUGUUUACGGCCUCAUACAGCAAUGGCAGCUGCCUUCUUCCAAGUUUCUACUGAGAAAUUCAAAGCGCUUACACGGGAAAUAUCUGUUGCAUCGUAGCUGUGUCUAUCCAAUCGUGUGCUUUUGCAGGAGCAUGCAAACAAACACUUACGAGGUUGCGAAAGGAAGCUAUCUCCCCACCACCCAAACUGCACAAAAUACGAAAUCCAAGGAUAAAGUGUCCCUAAAAAAUGAAAAUGUUGGUGCUUUUCAAAAGUUACCUAUGGUGAUGCCUUCAGUUGACAUUCUCUAUUCAGCUCUCAGGAAGGCAAAGAGGACAUCACCUACAAAAGGAAUUGCAAAUAUUGCAAAAAGAGAAAGGAACAAGGGCGCAAAACAACUUGAUGCACUUAUGAAAGAGUUGGCGGCUCCUUUAAGAGACUAUGUGGAUAAUUUUCCUAGGAAAAAGUAUUUGCACCCUUACGAAAGAUCACUGAUUGAGCUGACCCUUGGAGAUGGAAAUUAUGAAGAGGUAUUGAUGAAAGUAGAUACUUUGAGGAAGAAGGUGGUAUCUGUGGGUAAAGAACAUGCUUCUCUUUGUGCAAAGUCCUUGUCCAAGAGAGAAGCAGAGGAAAGGUUGAGUGGGGGUAUGGGAAAACUUGAAGAAAUCUUUCAUCAUGAAGGGAAGGCUAUCGAUGAGUUGUUGGACAUCGCAAAGACAUUGAGGGCAAUGCCAGUUGUUGAUCUUGAAACCCCAACUCUUUGUCUUGUUGGAGCUCCGAAUGUGGGAAAGUCCUCUUUGGUCCGUAUACUCUCGACAGGAAAGCCUGAGGUCUGCAACUACCCCUUCACCACACGAGGAAUUCUUAUGGGUCACAUUGCUUUAAACUACCAGCAUUUUCAGGUGACUGACACCCCUGGUUUGCUAAGGAGACAUGAUGAAGACAGGAAUAAUUUGGAGAAGUUAACACUUGCUGUGCUAUCACAGUUGCCAACAGCGAUACUCUAUGUGCACGAUCUCUCUGGAGAAUGUGGAAUGUCACCCUCAGAUCAGUACUUGAUAUACAAAGAAAUCAAGGAACGAUUCAAUGAUCAUCUCUGGCUCGAUGUUAUAUCCAAGAGUGAUCUGUUGCAAGAGUCCCCUGUUGUAUUUGUUUCUGAAGAUACAACUGCUGACGACGAUGAGAUGGUCCAGUACCGGAAAAAAGGACCUGAUGGGGCAAUUCAUGUGUCCGUGAAGGGUGAACAAGGGCUCAAUGAGCUAAAGCAAAGUGUUCACAAGCUGCUGAUUGCUCAGAUGGACAGAAUUAGAAACCAAACGAGUGACACAAGUCCGGAAAGUCUCACAGAAAGGUUCUCCCAGGUUCAUACUAUAGUAAAUCAGUCAAAGUGAGGGUUGCUUAUGUAAAGCGGCUUCUUGCUUCUUGGUCUUGACCUCAUGGCGGUUCCAAU